AUGUUCAGCCAGCUCCGCAAUGCCGUCGAACAGUUGGCAGCAGGCUCUUCACCAUCGGACACCCACUCAGCGACGUUAGCGCUUACACCACGCUCGCAAUCCUUCGACCUCCAGUCCUCGCACGUGGUAUCUCCAAGCCAGUUGGCGGAUUCUGCAAUGUCGACCUUGCGCAAGUCCCUCGUAUCCCAACGCACGUCCAGUACUGGGACGACAACCACCCAAAGGGCCAAUUCUCCCGCACGGCCAGCUGAGAAUGCAACGAGUACGACGGCUACAACAACACCUACAGCGCGCAAGUCAAACCUGGAGGAGAGACUGCGGCGCGCCACACAUUCUGCGAUCGUAGGGGAACGCCCGACUGCGAGAUCGUCCUCUCCUCGAUCAUCCUCUCCCACUCCAUCGACCGUAACUCGAUCGACACGAGUCGCCUCGCCGUCCCCCAUGGCCAGAACCCGAACGCCCGUGCCUGCAAAACGCGAAGCCUCCCCCGCGGCGUCGCGACGUGGUGAGCCCGUCUUGAAACCUUCCACCUCUCGCGAAUCUAAACUUGGUCACCCCACUGAACUCUUAUUGGAAAAAUCCGUCUCUGGAUCGCCAAAGCCUCGCACGAAAAGGCUGGAGGACGUACCGCCAGCAGCUACUGAAACGCCCAUAGAUGUUUCGCCGAAGGAAGUCGAGAAGGAUGCUCUGAUGGACUCUAUCGUUGAUAGCCAACCGCAAGACGUUUCCCCUCCUCCCGAAGAACCCAAAGUCGAUGGUGUUCCUUCACCAAUGCCAGCUAAACCCGCUACCGAAGAGCCCAGUCGGACGACCCCGACGGAGGUUGAUGCCAGCAGCGAAGUGGAGGUCAAGGAUGAAGCAUCUGAGGAGUUAGCCGUUGAGCAAACGGUGGAAGUUGAGGAAAUACCCAUCCCAUCCGCGACUCCCUCGCCAGCCCCAGAUACUGUGACUGCCGUUGCAGAAAAUGCCGUACCUGCUGUUCCGGAGGAAGCUCCUGCUGUCCUAGUGGACACGCCAGCCGUUCCAGAACAAACACCCUCUGGUCCCACGGACGACCUUCCCGUUUUGAAAGAGAGGCCAGUCGAAGUCGUCCAAUCGGAACCAUCAACUGAAACCGUUGAACCAAAUGCUCCUCCCGCUCAAAUUGAAACCUCUAUCCCAGAAAGCAAGUCGGAGGUUGUUGAGUCGAACCCUCCACCUGUAUCAAUGGAGUCGGAGUCGGACGCACCUGAGAAACAGGAGGAAAUGGUCGAGGCGCCCGCACCAACACCUUCUCCCCCAGUUGUGGACCGUUCCGCCGAAGUGGAAAGUUUGCAAGAGAGGUUGAAGCAGGUUGAACAGCGGUUCUCUGAUGUUUCUACCUCUUUCAAGCGACUGCAGGCAGAGAAACUCGCUGCUGACAGUGUCCUGCGCGAAUCUACACCACUGGAAAGCAUGAACGACGCGGAGGCUCUCCGCGAGUUCUUCGCCAACCUCAAGAACAAAGAUCAAGUCUUCCAAGACGAGAUCAAGCGGCUGAACCAGAAGCUGGAAGUUCAAGAAGACCGCUUCGACGAGCUCCGUGAGACUCACAGAUUGGAAUCACAUUCCCGGUCAGAAGAGGUCAAGAAACUGCAAACUCAACUGGACGAAACCGAGGCACUCUUCCAAGCUGCUCAAAGGGCAACGUCCAGUGUGGAAGAGGCAUCGCAGAAAGACAGGGAGGAGAUCGAGCGGCUACAUAAAGAGGUCGAGUCGGCGAAGGGCCUUGCGAAAGAGGAAGAAGAGAAACGGGUCAAGGCCAUCAGCUUGCUCAAAACCGUCCGGCAAAAGUUGGUAAAGGCGGAGAAGGAUAAGGAGGAUGCGAUAAAGGAAGUGGCAGCCUCGAAGGAGCGGGAGAAGGGCGACAAGGAUAAGGAGAUGGCCGAGAGGAUGAAUUUACAGUAUGAGAUGGACGAUUUGAAGGCUGCUCACGAGAAGGCUACUGCAAACCUGAAGUCCCAAUUCGAGAAGGACAUGGCCAAUUUGCGAGAGCGCUACGAGCAAGAGAUCAUUGUUCUGAAAGGACAGGCUGAAUUGGACCUCGCCGCAGCCAAGAGCGCGUAUGCAAAGGAAUUGGCUGCGAAGACAUCGCAAAUCUCGACGUUGGAGAACUCCCUGAACAACGUUUCGCGAGAUAAGAACGCAUUCUUCGACCAACUCCAGCUCCGGCAAGCCGAAGUUGAGUCCGCACAGGGGCACUUGGAGUCGUUGGAGCACCAAAACACCGAGUUCCAGUUCCAGCUACGCGAAUCCAACGACCGCCUCGCGCUGCUCAAGGAGGAAUACGCUGAGCUCCUCCGCGAAUCCGAAAGCCGGUCCCGCGAGCCCACAACGUCCGCUGACGAGGUCGCCCGUAUGAUCUCUGCUACCGAAACGAAGUACGAAGCACGCAUCGCAGAGAUGAAGCGCAAUAUUUCUGUGCUAGAGAAGGAGCGCUACGAGAGCGAGGCGGACUGGAGCAAGAAGCUCAAAGAGAAGGUGAAGGAUCUCGAGGAAAUGAAACGCGUUCUUGGCACAGCGACGAGGUCGCGCGAGAAUGAAGAGAACCUCAUCGCUGAACUUAAGGCAGACCUGGCGAGAGCGCAGGAGACUUCGAAGGCUCUACAACACCAAGCUGCUGAGUUGCCCAUCCUUCGUGAGCAGGUUCAGGAAUCACAGAAAUCGUCGAAGGAGCAGGAGCAAGAAUUCAGCGUCAAGAUUACGGUGCUCGAGAGGCAACUCGAAGAUCACAAGACGCGUGAAGUUCAGCUCAAGCAGAGCAACAAGACCCUGCGCGACGAGCUCCGCAAAGUGCAAUCUUCCGCCGCCCUGCUCGAGCGCCAGCGCAAUCCGGGAGUUGGGUACUGGACCACCCGCGUUGCAGAGGGCAAUGGGCAUACCUCCGCCGCCAUCGAGUCGCGGACAUCAAUCUCCUCUCCUUCAGACUCGACAUCAAGAGCGUCUUCCCCUGCACCUAGCACAGCGGCCUCAACCAAGGCCGAGGAAGAGGUCAACUUGGAGUAUCUUCGGAAUGUCAUCCUUCAGUUCUUGGAGCAUAAGGAGAUGCGGCCCAACCUCGUGAGAGUGCUGUCCAUCAUCCUCCACUUCACUCCCCAGGAGACAAGGAGGCUGAUCGCAAAGGUGUAG